CUCUCCCCCUUUAAAAGGACCGAGUAAAUAUAUAGCCAAAGCUCUGUCCUGUUUACCUUUCUCUAGGAAGAGAGAGAAAGUUCAUACUUUGAAGAGAGAGAAAGAGAUCUGACUCUGUUUUUCUCUUUCUUUUCGGAUAUUUAUACAUUUCUUCGUUUUCUCUCUGGAUUUCUUCCUAAACCCCCAGCGAAGAAUUGACGACUCCUUCAAUUCCACAGGUUUGCAUCGUGAGAUUGUUCUUUAGGGGUAAACCAUGGGCGUUGAAGUUGCGGGAUUUGAGAUGGUUCAAGGACCAGUGGAGACUGCAACUGUUGGAGACAAUUCUGUUUUGCAUGAGAAGGAAAAUGGAAAACUGGAUCAAGGUAUGAGGUCUCACGAACCGAUACAGUUCGGAUCCCAUGGUGAAGAACCUGUCAAAGAAGAGCAGAAUGGCGUUUCGGAAGUUAAACUUCCAAAAGAUGCAGUUGAUGAGUGGCCUGCACCGAAGCAGAUCCAUUAUUUCUAUUUUAUCAGGUGUCGGCCGUAUGAUGAUCCCAAAAUAAAAGCCAAGAUUGACCAGGCUGCUAUAGAGAUUGAGAAGAGGACUCAAGCCCGGAUUAAGAUCACAGAUCAGUUAAAGGCAAAAAGGUCCGAUCGAGCAGAGUUAAUCUCACAGAUUAGGGCUCUGAAAGAUGACAACAGGCAGAUUAGGACAAUUGUAGAUGAGAAAAUAAAGGAGAUUGAACCACUGCAUCAGGCUUUGGGCAAGCUUCGCAAUGCAAACAAUGCGACUCGGGGUGUAUGUUCAUCUGAGGAAGAGCUUAACAGCCUUAUCCAUAGCUUGCAGUACCGCAUACAACAUGAAAGCAUUCCAUUGUCUGAGGAAAAGCAAAUCCUUCGAGAGAUCAAGCAGCUUGAGAGCACAAGGGAAAAAGUUGUUGCUAAUGCUGCUAUGAGAGCAAAGAUUCAGGAAUCAAUGGUCCAAAAAGAAGUGCUUCAAGACCAAGUCAAACUCAUAGGGGGUGAUUUAGAUGGAGUGAGAAAGGAGCAACAAACUGUUAGGGCCAAAAUUAAGCAGCUUGAGGAUGCGCUAAAGGUGAUAGACAAGGACAUCUCAUCAUUACAGGAUGAGCUGACAGCUAUUUCUGAGAAGAGAGAUAAAGCACGUGAAAUCAUUCAGCAGCUCAGAAAAGAGCGAGAUGACGGGAAUUCCUACUUCUACCAAAGCCGUUCGGUCUUGAACAGGGCUAGAGAUCUUGCAGCUAAGAAAGAUAUUCAGGCUCUUGAGGAUCUAUCUAACUUGGAGUUUGAGAAAUUUAUGUCCCUUUGGAGCAGUACCAAGUCAUUUAGGGAUGAUUAUGAGAAAAGAAUACUGCCAUCUUUGGAUAGUCGGCAAUUGAGUAGGGAUGGGCGAAUGAGAAACCCUGAUGAAAAGCCAUUGGUGGCACCGGAAGAUUCUGCACCUGUGGAAUCAGAGACCGUGGCAAAAGCUCUUCCAAAGCGAGCAAAGGAAGAUCCGAAACCCCCUCAAGUAGAUGCUUUGCCUGCUCAGAAGGUUCAGAAAGAGGUGAAAAAUAAGUCAACGAAUUCGAAACCUGCUGUGGACCAUACUGAUGUGGCAGAGGAGGUACCUGGGCCUGAAAAGCUGCCAAUCGAAACUCCUAAAAAGAAGGAUAACGAAAUUGAUGCUGCUAAGUUGAAGGAGAUCAAGAGAGAAGAGGAAAUCACAAAAGCUAAGCAGGCGAUGGAACGGAAGAAAAAAUUGGCAGAGAAAGCUGCGGCCAAAGCAGCUAUAAGAGCUCAAAAAGAGGCUGAAAAGAAGAACAAGGAGCGCGAAAGGAAAUUGAAGAAGAAGGCUGCAGCAACUGCACCUGAUGCCAAUUCAGAAGAAUUGGCGGAGCAGGUUUCAGAAGAUGCGGAACCAGAAAAGGAAAAUGAAAAUGUUGAAGCUCCAGCUACAGCUCCGGCGAAGGUAAAGGUGCAAAAGGAGACAAGUAUCAGGUCGAGGGGUCGCCCGAGAGGCCCCGACUCCAUCCCGAAAGCCAUCCUGAAGCGGAAAAAGCCUACCAACUAUUGGGUAUGGGCUGUUCCUGCUGCUGCUGCUGCUGUGUUAAUCGCGGUGUUUGUCGCAUUUGGAUACCGCUAUCUACUCUGAACAAGUGAAAGUGUAACCAAAGUAGAAGAGUUAUGAAACCAAUCUUUUCUGCUUUUUAAAGCUGGUGAGACUUUAACCUGUUAUAGUGGAAUUUAAGUUAUUACUGUUCUUUGCAGCCUGUCGUAGGAUGGACUCGAAACUCAUAAGUUGGUGGUAGCUUUUAGUCAGUCCAAAAUGUUCACCGAGUUAGAGACCACAUACCCUUUUUGUUUGGUUGAAUGUAUUUUUUUUUAAAGUUUGACUUGGUUAAUUUUCAUGGAUGUUAUUUGCGGCCU